GUUUAAGGUACAGUUAAAAACACAUGCAGAUUUUUGUUGCAAGCACAUUUCGCAAUCUGUCUUACAGUUGCAUCGUUAGAAUUUGUUUGGAAACCCAAGUUUGUCCGUUUUUUGAACUCCCCGUGAUGUUCCGAAAAGCAUUCCACACAAAGUCAAACAUCGCCAUUCGAGGAUCAGACAGGCGCAAACUGCGCAGCACCAUCAGCGAGCAGUUUCCAGUUCUAGACUCGGACGAAGUAGCUGAGCUAACUCCGAACAAAGAUGACAUGACAGUGAUGAAGAUCACUACGCACAGCGAUUGCAUCAUGCACGUCUACUGUCUGACGGGAACGCCGAUAUUCUUCCAGAUUGAGAAGCAACUCUAUCCAACAGUUUACACCCUUUGGAAGCACCCUAACCUACUACCAUGCCUCACUACUUGGCCACAAGUCCUGGACAAAAUCUCAGGGGGAGCAGAUCUGAUGUUACCAGGAGUCAUUCUCCAGCAAUCCGGCCUGCCACGACUCAGUAAGGGUCAGCUCUGUGCAGUCUGCCUGCUAGGCAAUCAAGCUCCAAUAGCCAUCGGCCAUGCCGCUAUGUCCAGUGACGGUAUGACGGCCAAUGGAAUGAAGGGACGAGGCGUUCAAAUCAUCCAUUGUUACAAGGAUAUGCUGUGGGCUCAGGGAAACAAAACGUCCUUACCAGACAUCCCUCUCCCCCCGCCGAGCGGAAUAUUUUCUGAAGAUUUCACAGAAGAUGUCGCAUCUGCAGAACAGAAUGGCACAGCCACUGAGGCGAGUAACUCAUUACCGGCCAUGCUGCAAGACGAAAUGGAGCCACAGCUUAGUGAGUUAAAUCUUGAAGACGGUCCAGCUGAUGCUGCAGGUGGUGGUGAGGGAGCAGAGGAGGGCGAUGAAGAGGAUGCUCUGUCUCCAACGGAGAAGAUGGAUGCUCUGUUAUACCAGUGCACACUACACAGUCUGAAGUCUAAGAUCAAACCAUCAGAUCUACCCCUGCUCACCAGUAACUUCUUCAGAUCCUAUGUUGUAGCUUGUUGCCCUGAGGGCCAAACGUUAGACAUGAAGAAGACCAGCUACAAGAAACUGUCCAAGUUUCUACAGAAGUUGCACUCGGAGGGGUUACUUGAGGUCAAGGAGGAGAAGAAGGGAGUUGACUUCAUCACAGCUGUGCACAAGGACCAUCCGGAACUCCGUUCCUUUGUUGUGCCAGCAUCAAAUGACGGAUCCUCUGCAUCUAGUGGGAGUAUCGGAGCAUCAGCAACUCAGAGCCAGCUUGAAGUGAGACUAAUGAACGGAGUGUCUGCUGAUAUGCUACCCAUACUGAAAUUAUCAGGCUAUGGCAAAGGUGACUGGCUAACGCACGAGGCUCUAAGAGAAGCCGUGACUAACUACAUCAAACACCACGACCUGGCCGACAAAGAGAAUCCAAGGAUGGUGAACCUUGACGGCCCAUUACACGAUGCACUUAUCAACCGGUCAGAGGGGUAUGUGGAGAAACUCCGGUGGGAUCAACUGUUUAGUAGGUGUAAUGGAAAAAUGACAUCAGGGCAUGAGGUCAUUCUGCCAGGUCAAAGGUCGUCAGGUCAGGGAAACACCAGGAAGGGGAAACUUCAGCCGAUACAAAUCAAGAUUGAACGAAAAUCUGGCAAUAAGAAUGUGACAGUAAUCCACAACCUAGAACCUUACGGUAUAGAACCCAAGGACUUUGCGCAUCGUUUACAGGUGGGCGUGGCAGCUAGUAGUACCAUCCAUCAGAUGCCGGGUCAAGGGUCGGGGUCACAGGUCAUCAUACAGGGCAAGCAAGUGCGGUUUGUCGAGACAUUGCUGACAGAUCACUACCAGAUUCCAAGGAGGUAUAUUCAGGGACUGGAGCUAGCAGCCAAGUCAGGGAAGAAGAGAUGACGCAGGAUUAUCAACCUCAUAGUAUUGGACGUCAAAACCUUUCCAGUCACAACAUAGCCGGGGGGAAAAAAUGAAACCUUCAGUCAAUUUUCUACGGAUGCCUUACAGCAGACAAGUUGUGCCAACUUGUGCAAGGUUCGCGUCCCAGACUCGCUAACUUUUGCACAACCAUGGAGAUUUCUAUUGAAACAUCAAGAAAUUUGUAAUUCUGGAACUGUAGAAAAUAUAUAUGCUGUGUCGUGCAUGAAUACAAAAACUACAGGGCGCAUAGUACCCUUGGCUCUGCCUCGUGUGCUAUGAGACCCUCAGGUGUUAAAAACGCCGUAUCCCACAUCAGAGUAGUCAACAAUUGUUAAUGCGCCCAUCGGGUGUUAAAGGUAGAGUAGAUCAUUUGCAGCUAUCCAAAAAGUAACUGACAAAAUUAUUGUUGGAAAGCAUACUUGGUUUAAAGGGA